GCUUUUGUUAAAGGAAGUUUAUUUAGUUUAUACUUCAACAUCUUAAGGUUUAUAAUUAACUUACUGGGUGUAGGACUGUCGACAUUUUGACUAUCACAGCUCGAAGAAACUUUACUUUCGACAGUAACAAUAUUUAUAGAUGGAAGAUACUAAUUUCUAUGAAGAUGAAGCGUAUGAAAGCCUCCUGACGCCUGUAAAGCGCAAACUGGAAUAUGAAAAGCAGGACAAUGAUAAUAUUUUGUUAGAUGGCAAGGUUCGAUGUCUUAGUCAAGAGGAUCAGAAUUCUAAAAGAAAAGCUUUUUUCAAAAAACAAAUAAUGCGUUCGGUGAUAAUGGAAGUUAUUCCUGAAAACUUUGAAAAAGAUUGGAUUUUUAAAUUGUGCCCGAGAGGAAAAAGAAGUUUGGUUGUUUCUAGCAAAGGAGAAACGCGCAGCUAUCAAAGAAACGGAUGCUGCCUUCCCUCCUUCUACAGUUACUUACCAGGAGGAAACGGUUUAGAUGUUCAACACAAAAUGCUGCAGUGUUGGUUGGAUUGUAUAUACGAGGAAGAAACUGAACAGUUUUAUAUUCUCGACGUGAUGCGAUGGAAGGGACAACCACUUAAUGAAGUUCCAGCGGAAUUAAGGUUUCAGUGGCUAGAAAGCAAAAUUAAUGAACUUUUAUCUUUAGCAAAACGGACCAAAAUGAAUCCAUAUCCGUUCGCUUUACUUCCCUACGGUCAAUGCUGCAUAAAUAAUAUUUAUAAAGCGCUCGAGACAUUCACGACUGCCACACGGCUGGACGGGAUCCUGUUUUUCCACAGGAGAAGCCUAUACCACAGCAGAGCUGCCGCACCACUGUGUUUCUGGGUAGACUCGUAUAGUUAAAGUAUAUGGAAAGCAUAUUUAUUGUAUAUUAUAAAUAUAUCAAAAAAAGGUACAAAAAAUGGAUAUAAACAGAUUAUUUUUUGGUUCAUCCUAAUAAAGCUAAAAA